AUGAACUUCUUCAAUUCGGGGAGUGACGAUUCUCCAAUCACUUCUUUAGAGAUAGGACAAUUGACUGAUAAAGACCCACUGUUGUCUAAAGUUCGGGAUUUUGUGUUGUAUGGGUGGCGUGAAAUUGUAGACCCAAUGUUAAUUCCAUUUCAGAGAAGGAGAGAUGAAUUGUCAGUGGAUAAAAAUUGCAUUUUAUGGGGCAGUAGAGUAGUCAUACCUAAGAAAUUGCAAGGUAAAGUCAUCCAGAUAUUGCAUGAACAACAUCCUGGAAUUACUCGAAUGAAAUUGUUGGCACGCAGCCACGUGUGGUGGCCUGGGAUCGAAAAAGUAAUUGAGGAUGCUGUGUCAUCUUGUUUGAUUUGUCAAAGUACAAGAAAUGCUGCUUCAAAAGUUCCAUUGCAGCAAUGGCCGUUAACUUCCGAGAGAUGGCGCCGAAUUCAUAUCGAUUUUGCUGAAGAUCCAACCACCAGACAGCAAAUGUUGAUUGUAGUGGAUAGUUUUUCAAAGUGGAUGGAAGUAUUUUUAAUGGGUUCUAUUUCCACGGGGAAGACCAUUGAGAAACUUCGUACACUAUUUUCUGCUUAUGGUUUAUCUGAGGAGUUGGUGUGUGACAACGGCACGUCUUUUACCAGCCUAGAAUUCAGGGAGUUUCUUAGAAAAAAUGGUGUGAAACUAACAUUUUCUCCACCAUAUCACCCUGCCUCCAAUGGAGCAGCCGAGCGUUCUGUUCAAGAAGUUAAGAAAAGUUUGUUAAGGCAAGUUUUGGGUGAAAAAUCAUCUCAGCAGACAUCACUGCAGUAUAAAUUGGAUAACUUUCUUUUCGCAUAUCGUAAUACUCCAUCGUCAGUAACCGGUGUGAGCCCGGCUGAACUGUUCUUACGUUGGAAACCUCGAACAAAAUUGACUAUGUUAAAACCUAAUCUACUAGACGAGUCAAGGAAGAAGCAGGAAAUGCAGAAACGAGCCUCAGAUAGGCAUAGAGGUGCGUGUAGAUUUUUUAAUGAAAAUCAGAAGGUGUGGGUUAAAACAGUCAGACAGGAGAAAGUUAGUUGGGUUCCAGGUCGUAUAUUACAGUGUAAAAGUCCAGUUACUUAUUUGGUUAGUGUUCUUGGCAAAACAAGAGUUUGCCAUGCAGACCAUCUUAGACCAACUGAGGUAGAGGAGGACGAAAUCAUUGUGCGGAAAGAGGAAGUUGGAAGGACUAUUGAGGCACAUCAUCAAGAAUUCAAUAGAGAUUUGCCUAUUCUUCAGGAGUCUACAUCACCAUCAAUAUCAAGACAUGAUGCUUCACCUUAUUUGCCUAGAUUGAAGUCUGAUGUUGGGAAACCACGGGGUGUGCAAUACAGUCCAUCUACAGUUUUGAGGAGAUCAAAAAGGACUGUGCACAAGCCGGAGAAAUUGGAUCUAUAA